UGGUGACAUGGUGCAAGGGAGCAGCGCAGAAGGAUCAGUAAUGCCUUCAAGUAUAAAGGCCCAGCAGCCUGCCAGUAGUGGGUCUGUCUACGCAUCGCAUCCCCCUCCGCACUGCAGCGCUCAAUCCCUCUGCAGCAGCCAUGGCGCUCCCUCCCAAAGUCUACCAGUUCCUCGUGGGUCUCUUUGCAUCCCUUGGUUCGCUACUGUACGGUUACGAUCUCGGUGUCAUCGCCCAAGUCAUCUCCUCUGGAGCGUUCAAACGCGAGUUCAACGAUCCUGGCGCAAAUGCAAAGGGAGCCGUUGUGUCAGUUUUCACGGGCGGUGCCUUCUUCGGUGCCAUGUUCGGUGGCCCUGCCGGUGACUACCUCGGUCGACGACUUACUAUCCUGAUGGGCGCCUGUGUCUUCAUGCUCGGUGGUGCUUUGCAGACUGCUGCCGUGAACCUCAACUACCUUUACGCUGGACGUGUCCUUGCUGGUGUCGGUGUCGGUUUCCUCGUCAUGAUCAUCCCUCUGUAUCAAUCCGAAUUGGCUCAUCCCAGCAUCCGUGGACGUAUUGGUGGAUUGGUGCAGUUCAUGCUGGGUAUCGGUGCCCUAGCCGCCGCCUGGAUCAGUUAUGGCGUUGACAUCGGGUUUCCGGACAGCGACAAUGGUCAAUUCCGAACAUCACUGGGUAUCCAGGUCGUACCUGCCUUCUUCUUGGCCGCUCUUAUCAUGAUGUUCCCCGAGUCGCCCAGAUGGCUUAUCAGCAAAGGCAAGGUCGAGCAAGGUCUAACGAAUCUGGCCAAGCUUCAUGCCCAUGGUGACACCAACGACGUUUGGGUUCAAGCCGAGUUCCAGCAAAUUCAGGAUGCCCUCACUUUUGAGCGAGAGCAUGAGGCCCAAUCUUAUCUCGAGCUUUUCAAGGACAAAUCGUGCUUCCGCCGUCUUUUCCUCGCCUGUGCGCUUCAGGCUUCCGUUCAAAUGACUGGUGUUUCGGCUAUCCAAUACUACUCAGUUACCAUCUACGAGCAGAUGGGUAUUAAUGGUACCGAGGCGCUCAAAUACCAAGCCAUCUCUUCUGUUCUUGCUCUUUGCGGACAAGCACUCUGCAUUGCCUUCAUCGACCGACUGGGGCGUCGCUGGACUCUGAUCGGUGGUAACCUUGGUAACUGCCUUACUUUCAUCGUAUCCACCAUUAUGUUGGCUGUCUUCCCUCCAGGCUCAACAGGAAACGCAAGUGCUUCGUGGGGCUUCAUUGCUGUCACCUGGCUGUACAACUUCUGCUUCUCGUCGACUUGUGGACCACUAUCUUGGAUUAUUCCCGCCGAGAUCUUCGACACAAAGACCCGUUCCAAGGGUGUAUCGAUCGCCACCAUGACAUCCUUUGCAUUCAAUACUUUGAUUGGCCAAGUCACCGAGCUCGGCAUGGUAUCCGUGGGAUGGAGAUUCUACCUGCUGUUCGUUAUCUGCAACUUCACCAACGCCGUCUUCUUCUACUGCUUCUUGCCUGAGACCGCCAAGCGUCCGCUCGAGGAGAUGAACUACCUCUUCACCAACGCUCCCCUCUUCGUCCCCAACAUGAAGUCGUCAGAGUGGGGUCUCGACAUCGAGCGCCGUGUCGAAGAAGUUGCUGCUAAGCAAGGCUCGGUCUCCCACGCCGAGCAUGUAGGCACCAGCAAGCACGCCAUGUAGGAAGCCCACAAUAGUUUAGCUUCCUUGUCGAAUUGACGUCCAAUGCUGCAUAUCUUCAUCACUAUUUCAACCGUCUAAAUGGGAUUGUGAUGGUAUAGAUAAUGAAGCAAUUCCCACCAAAGCUUUCUUCCGUCUUCUUGUGAGAUUAACGUAAUUCUGAAAGUAUGCCUCAGUGACGAUGCAACUUCUGGACAAUUCUGAUGUCAAUUAUCAAGGCCACUGCAAUUUGCAAACGCGAUUCUAAGCAUUACCGAGCUUUAUUUCGUACAGUGUGGAGUGGGAAGUAAAAUUUGGGUUAUAAGAAGCUGUAUUUCGGGCAACGAUGUACAAGACUUGGCUGGGCACGCCUAGACUAUAUAUUGUAAACCGACCAAAGCGC